AUGCUGAGGAAACUUGACCUUGUUAAAAAGCUGCUUCAUCGUUGUGGGGCUGAUGUCAAUGCAACUAACAAUGGAGGGUUAGCUCCACUGCACUAUGUAGUGAAGAAUUCUCAUAAAACUCUAGCUGAGAAGUAUGGAGGUGAGCUGUUCAAAGUAGCAGCUGAAGAGCAAGAAGAGAUUGCCCACACACUCCUGGCAGCUGGAGCAGCAGUGGACUUGCAGGACAAAAAGGGUCGGACAGCUCUCCACAUCGCUGCCAUGGGAAAGGAUGUCGCAACAGUUCAGCUCUUACUUCAGCAUGGAGCAAAACCUGACAUCCAAAAUAGUGAAGGAAUGACUCCCCUCCACCAUCUAGCCGGUACUCGUUCAUGCAUGUUUGAGAAACUUGAUGAAACUCUUGUUAAGUUACUCAUCGAAAAAGGUGCCGACUUGGAGGCUAAAAAAGACCACCUCACCCCUUUACACCUGGCAGUCAAUGGCGGCUUGUUGAACAUUGUCAAACUCCUGGUAGAAGCAGGAGCUGACAUCCAUGCUGAGACUCCAAACACUGGUCUCACUCCUCUGGACAUGGCUGAACAUGGAAGGAACCAAGACAUCAUCGACUACCUAACAACACAAGAAAAAAGCCAAAGAGAAAGGAACAAACGAGAAGAAGCAAGUGUCGAGCAAGAAGUAGAAUUGGAAGAGUCACAGAAGUCAGACACACCUGUGGAAUGGAUUGAACUUCUUGAAGAAGGAGCAGUAGGAGGAUUUGAACAAGUGUUGGUCAUUGAACAAGAGGAAGAGGAAGAUUCUGAUGAGUCACUACAUGACGUCAUGUACACGUACAUGAAGUUUGCAACUAUGUCACAAGAGCUGAGAAAUGCUAUUUCUUUUAAUGAUGUAGUGAAAUUACAAAAGAUCUUUUGUACCACUGAUGUAAAGUUGAACGACUAUUGCAGCUACAAUCCUUUAAUACAUGCAUGUAUUAAGGGCUCCCCUGUGAUUGUUGGCGCCCUUGCUAAAGCAGGAUCAGAUGUAAAUGUUAAGGCAGAUAUCAGCAACUAUAGUCCAUACAAGUCUCAUGCAAGUGCUAGACUAUGGAAUGCAAUAGAAUGCAUGAAAACAGUGACCCCAUUGAUCCUUGCAGUUGUGGACAGAAACUUCAAACUAGUCAAGAAACUUGUACAAGACUGUGGUGCUGAUGUUAAUGCAACAAAUGAGGAUGGCACGGCUCCUUUGCACCAUGUUCCUACAAAUGCCAAAGAAAGAAAAUGCUCUGCUAUAGUUGAGAGUCAAAAGAAAAUUGCUGACCUAUUGUUGAAAGCAGGAGUAGAAGUUAAUGUGCAUAACAAAAAUGGUGAAACCCCACUUCACCGUGCUGCUGUAAGCGAGGAUCUACAAUACUCAAGAAAACUUCUUCAGAACAGGGCAAGAGUAGACCUUGUGGACAAAUGGGGAUUCACUGUACUUCACAUAGCAGCAGAACAGGCUGAUUGCGAGCUCCUUAAGCUUCUGAUGCAACAAGAAGGCACCCGGGCGCUUGUCAAUCAGAAAACACAUGAUGACACCACUCCUCUGCAUGUUGCAAUUACAGCAAAAGCAGACACUCGGAAAGUAGCUAUAGAUCUGGAAAGGAGGAAGCAACUUCAAGCCACCAGGAAUCUUAAAACAGCCAAGGAAGAAGGAAGACCCAAACGUGAAUCACCAAGCGCAGAGCAAGCUCAAACAGAAGACAAGGCAGUAUCCCAGCAGACAGACACACCUGUACCUGUUGAAGAGGUUCUGGGAGCUGUGGGAGGGUUUCAGGAGGCGCUAGUCAUCAAGGAUGGAGACACCUCUUCAACGAACCUGCCACAGCCAAUCAUCUACAGCAUUGCAUCAUGCAUAUUAAUAGCAGCAAGAAUGGGUUCUGAACUAUACCAGGAUAUAAGCUCCAUGGAAACAGUGACCCCUCUGAUAGUUGCAGUUGCAACGAGGAACUUGAAAUUGGUCAAGAAGCUUCUGCAUGUCUGUGGUGCCAAUGUCAAUGCAAAGAAUGAGGAUGGUACAGCACCUUUGCACUGCAUUUCAACAAACAGAUUUGAUCAAGAGUCACUUAAGGCUAAACAACAGCGACAUAAUCUGACAGCUGCAUUGAGAUUGCAGUCAACCACUGUGACAGUUAAUCACAAUCAUGACCAGGUGAAACAAGAGAUCGCAAACCUACUGCUGGCUGCAGGAGCAGAGGUUAAUGCAUGUGACAAAAAGGGGCAAACACCUCUUCAUAAAGCUGCUACAGCAAAGGAUGCAGUCACAGCACAAAUACUUCUGGGAAAUGGUGCACGACUUGAUAUUGCAGACAACAAGAGGUCUACUCCACUUCACAUUGCUGCAAGUGUAGCUGACGGUCAGCUUUGUAGGCUCCUUAUACAACAAGAAGGUGGCCAGGCACUUGUCAACAAGAAAACUAAAGGAUUCAAUUACAUUCAUGACAAUGCUACCCCAUUACAACGUGCAAUUGCAGCGAAGGCAGAUCCUCAAGAGAAGAUGGCAGUUGUAAGACUGUUAAUUGACAAUGGCGCAGAAGUAACCUGCCAAACCAACAUGGGUUUAACCCUUCUACACCUGGCAGCAGAAGCCGGCCCUCCGGCCAUUGUCAAAAUGCUCGUAGAAGCAGGGGCAGACAUUCAUGUGGAGGCUCCCAGGACUGGUCUGACACCAGUAGACAUGGCCGAACAUACAGGACAGCAGGACAUUGUUGACUACUUGGUUGCAAAAGCAGCAGAACAUGAGGCCAAGCUUCAAGCUGCGAAGAAAGAAAAGGAAGGAGGACCCAAAAGGGAUUCACCAAGUGUGGAGCAAGCAGAGGACAAUGAAGGCUCACAGCAGACAGUCACACAUAACAUGAUGUAUACAAACUCGACAAUGUUCAGAAGUUCAAGUUGUCAGUACAAGCAGCAACAGUUGCGGGAUCUGAGGGAAGCUAUUUCCAACAACAAUUUACAGAAAAUACAAGAGAUCCUCUAUACUGCCAAUGUUGACCUGAACUAUGGCAGAGACUACAAUCCUUUACUACAUGCUUGUUAUGAGGGAUAUCCUGUAGUUGCAGGUGCCCUUGUAAAAGCAGGUGCAGAUGUUAAUGCAAGGGUAAGAUUUCGUUCUAUUGGUGAAGGUACAAAGAUAAGGUAUUCCCUUAGGCGGGCAUUAGAACUUGUAGAAGGUAUAGAAACAGUAACCCCUUUGAUACUUGGAGUUGUAGACAGAAAAGUGGACAUAGUCAGGAAACUUGUACAGGACUGUAAUGCUGAUGUCAAUGCUACGAAUGCCACUGGCUUGGCACCUUUGCACUGUAUUUCUACCAAUACGGUAGAUGAUAACUUACCUGCACCUGCUAGAGCUCAGAGGAAACAAGAAAUCACUGACCUGUUGUUAAAGGCAGGAGCAGAAGUCAAUGUGUAUGACAGAAAGGCUAACACCCCACUUCACUAUGCUGCUAUGGCAAAUGAUCCGGUCUCGACACGCGUACUUCUGCAGAAUGGUGCAACAGUGGACAUCACUAACCGUGAGGGGUGUACACCACUUCACGUUGUGUGUCAAACAAAAGAUUACCUGGCUCAUAUUCGAGAUGUCAUCGCAGUUGUGAAAUUGCUUAUCGACAAUGGAGCGAAAUUGAACAGCCAAAAACAUGGUCUUACCCCCUUACAUCUAGCUGCAGAAGCUGGCCUUCUAAAUGUGGUGAAAGUGCUCGUAACAGCGGGGGCAGACAUCCAUCCAGAGGCCCCUGUAACUGGUCUAACUCCCCUGGACAUGGCUGUAAACACAAAGAAGCAAGACGUUGUUGACUACUUGAUCGCAAGAAAAGAAGAGUUGGAAAGAAGGAAGCAGCUUCAAGCCAUCAGGAACCUUCAGGGAGGCAAGAAAGGAGGAAGACCCAAACGUGAAGCACCAAGCGCAGAGCAAGCAGAAACAGAAGACAGUGCAGCAUCCCAGCAGACAGACACACCUGUGGAAGAGAUGGUAGAAGGAGCAGUGGGAGGGUUUCAGCAGGUGUUAGUCAUUGAGGAAGGAGACAGCUCUGAUGAGGAGGACUCUAAAAUGGCAGAGGAGCUUUGGGAUGCUAUUGCGAGCAACGACCUCCAGAGAGUGCAACGCGUUCUGUGUACAAACGAAGACAUCGACCUGAACACGCUAUACAGCCCUACAACCGACGACUAUUGUGAGAACGUCGCUACCACCUACCUACUCUGGGCCUGUAAAACCAGUUCACCUGAGGUGGUCAGUGCUUUGGUAACCGUCGGAGCAGAUGUGAACGCCAGCGCCUACUUGGUAGACGAGGAAGCCCCGGACAGUUGGAGGAUUGAGCACGAAACUGGCCACGUAACGCCCUUAAUUUACGCCGUUAAGAGGCGCAAAAUUGAGCUUGUGCGUAAACUAUUACAGACCUGCCAAGCCGACCCCGACGCCACGAAUGGAGAGGGUAGAACGGCACUUCAUUAUGUUGUAGAACCGAUGUCACCCGCAGAAGACUGGCACAGCCUCAACCCCACCGUCGCGAAAGACGCAACAGGUGCGAGAGAGGACAUUGCGGUCCUGCUACUCCAAGCAGGAGUAAAACUCUACCUUGCUGAUCAGAAAGGGAACACCCCUCUACACAUUGCGGCAGCGAACGUGGACGUCCCCAUCUGUAAGAUCCUCUUAAGCCCGAUCGGUCAGGUAUCUGUACGGACUGGUAUGCAGGUAAGCCCGCUACAAAAUGACGGAGGAACCCCCAUGCACUCCGCGAUCGAGUCUGGCGGUCGCGACGAAGAAAUCGCCUGCAUCGUAGAAAUGUUGGCACAAAAAGGAGCAGACCUUAAAGCGAGGAAGUUCGGGUUGACUCCGCUACAUCUUGCGGCACAGAACGGUCUACUACUCACGGUGAGGAAGCUGGUAGAGGCGGGCGCAGACGUAGAAGCAAAGGCGGCGAGAACGGGGCUUACGCCGCUCGACAUGGCACGCCACGCCUACAAGAAGACCGUAGCGGUGUACCUUGAAUGCGGCGAGCUCCCAGAAGACACAGAAUACGAGGAAGAAACAUUUGACAACUCUACAGCAGAAUCAGCGCCCCAAAGUGAGAAGACACCACCAAGAAGCGAAGAAAUCCCGAAACUAAGCCAAGAAACUACGAAACGAAGCCAGGAAACCACCGAAGCCAAGAGCCCAUCCCAAAUUAGCGUCUGGACCGUGGCAAGACCAGAACUUGGUGAAACCAGAGAGGAAUUUGAAGGCAGAGUUUCGUUUGGAAAGAAAACUGCGACCCCUUCGACAGACGACAGCGCUAACUUUUCUACAGGCUCAAGAAAGCCCUCGACAGAUUGGUCCGUGGAAAAUGCUGUUGGGGACACGGCUAGCGACGUAUCGACACUGACAUCUGUGACCGAAGAGCCAGAGAAGCAAAAAUCGACAAAAAAUGACAAAUACGCCAUGCCGCCAAGGCAAAGUCUUUACACGGGCUCGCGUAAGUCUUCAGUAGAUGGGUCGCUGCAAAGUUUUGCGGAAGAAACGGCAAGCAGUGUGUCAACGCUAGUGCUAGGUUCGGUGAAAGAACGCGGCGACUUGGAAACACAAGCAUCGGGGCAAGAGGACAGCGCCAUGCCACAAGGACGAAACGAGACCUUGCCAUUCCAGCUAGCCGCUCUUCAAAAUGGCUCCACCAAAACAGAGUCAGUGGUGUCGUCUGCGAGUCACACAACAGACAGAAGCCAUCACAAAAAGCACCGCAAACCGGCAAGGCUCAAGAACGAGGAUAUUUUGUCCAUGGAUGAAAAGAUGGACAUCUUGCUACAGACCUUAGGUGACAUACACCUGCAAAUGGCCAAGAUGACCAAGAGGAUCUCUAAGCUUGAAACUGAGAGGAAAUCGGAGGUAGAGAGGGAUGGGCACAUGGGGAAUGGGCAGUAA